CACGCGAAGUGAGUGGUCGUCUCUAGAUUAACUCUCUUCGAUACGAGAUAAAGUUAUCGUCCUUUUCUAAUAAUUUAACUGAAUAAAGUGUGAAAAAUGUGAUUAAAACGGGAAUUUUGUGUGUGUGUUUAAAACUUUUGGAUGAUUUUCUGUUGUGUGGUUUUGUUUAUAAACAAAUAACGACACAUGGAAGAUGGAAGCCAAUGAAAGCGCGCGCACGGGGGCAGCGCUGUUGGACCCCAAUUCGCCGACCCUGAUCAUCACGAUGCCAGUAUGGGUCCAUAACUCCUGGGUCUGCCUCUUCGGAGCUAUGCUGGCUAUAUCUAUUGGAGGGAACGCUAUUGUCAUAUGGAUUGUUGCAGCACACCGUCGGAUGCGCACCGUCACUAAUUACUUCUUGGUGAAUUUAUCGUUCGCUGAUUUGAUGAUGUCGUCUUUGAACUGCCUCUUCAACUUUAUCUACAUGUUACACAGUGACUGGGUGUUCGGUGUACAAUAUUGCAAACUGAGCAACUUCAUAGCGAACGUGACAGUGGCGGCAAGCGUGUUCACUCUGACCGGGAUAUCAUUUGACAGGUAUCAAGCGAUCGUGCAACCAAUGAGGCCAAGAAUGUCCAAGACGUGCUCCCUUAUCAUGAUAAUGGGAAUAUGGGCGUGCGGGAUGCUGCUAGCCAUCCCGUGUCUAUUGUAUUCUACGACUAAGGAGUAUAAAUCAAAAGGGAAACUGAAGACAGCGUGCUUACUUUCAUGGCCGGAUGGUUUGCCAGACGUCUCAUACCUGGAUUUUAUGUACCAAGUACUAUUCUUCAUAGUGACAUACGCAGUUCCAAUGUUGGGUAUGACAUACUUCUAUUCAGCCAUGGGAAAGGUGCUGUGGGGUUCCCGGUCUAUAGGGGAACUGACUCAACGACAGUUGGACUCCAUACGCUCUAAACGAAAGGUUGUGAAGAUGUUCAUACUUGUGAUAAUUAUCUUCGGCAUUUGUUGGCUGCCAUACCACACAUACUUCAUUUACACUCACUUCAAUCCUUCAGUGCUGUAUGUGAAAUAUAUACAACACGUAUACCUCGGUUUCUAUUGGCUAGCCAUGGCCAAUGCGAUGGUGAACCCAAUUAUAUAUUAUUGGAUGAAUGCGAAGUUUCGCUCAUACUUCCGCACAGCCAUAUUCUGCAGAUGGCGAGACGUCUGCAUCAGACGCAAGCCCGCGCUGCCAGAGUCUCCCCCUGAUUGCGUCUCCCAGUCUGGCAGCAGAUCCCGAUCAGGUAUAGAGGCGCUCAUCGGGUCAAGAGGAAAUGCAGUGGCAGAAUGGCCCCAUAUGUAUCGGGAGCAGAGCCGCCAGCCGAGACCGCUUUUGCCUGCUAGCUGCCCCAAGUGCCCGCAUCGGACGUAUGAUGCUUACAUCCAUGGAACGAAGGCUUAAAUAGGU